CAUUUACGAACACCAUACAAAGGAUAAUCGACACAAUUAAGGAACAUAAUUAACAAAUGAAGACCAUAAAGUCAACGUUCCUCGUUGUGUGUCUCUUGGCCGCUCUCGUCUGUCCAACCAAGGCUCACGGAGGAGGUGGUGAUGAUUCUCACGAUGAUGAUUCCCACAGCGAAGAUUUACAUGCCAAGAGUCUGAUCCUUGUCAAAAUAUGGUGUUUGAUCAUCUUCUUUGUGAGCACUUUCGCUGGUGGGGUCUCUCCGUAUUUCUACCGAUGGAACGAGACUUUUCUUCUUUUGGGGACUCAGUUCGCUGCUGGGGUUUUCUUGGGAACCUCUUUGAUGCAUUUCUUGAGCGAUUCUAACGACACCUUCCGAGACCUGACCACAAAAUCUUACCCUUUUGCCUUCAUGCUCGCCUCAUCUGGCUACCUUCUCACCAUGCUUGGUGACUGCGUUGUCGUUUUUGUCACCAGCAAUAGCAAGAGGGAAGCCAAAGUGUUGGAACUGGAAGGUGGGACAACACCACAGGAUCAUGACCUAGCUGGAAAUCACUGUGCAGUGGACACCACAAACCCUAUGUUAUUGAAGACUUCUUCUGUGGGAGACACCAUUCUUCUCAUCCUUGCACUGUGCUUCCAUUCGAUUUUUGAGGGCAUUGCAGUUGGAGUUGCAGGUACUAAAGCGGAUGCAUGGAGGAACUUAUGGACAAUAUCCUUACACAAGAUAUUUGCUGCCAUUGCAAUGGGAAUUGCUUUGCUGAGGAUGUUACCUAAGAGACCCUUAGUAACAACUGCAGCAUAUUCUUUCGCCUUUGCUAUCUCAAGCCCCAUCGGUGUGGGGAUUGGCAUUGCCAUAAACGCUACAACACAAGGACGCACAGCAGAUUGGAUGUUUGCUAUAACAAUGGGUAUUGCUUGUGGGGUGUUUAUCUAUGUUGCCAUCAAUCAUUUAAUAUCCAAAGGCUUCAAACCGCAGAAACCAACGCGUUUCGACACUCCCUGGUUUAGGUUUCUCGCUGUGCUUUCUGGUGUAGCUGUUAUGGCAGUUGUCAUGAUCUGGGACUGAUCGUCAUCUUCUUUCAAUUCCUGUUUUUCUUUGUCCGCUAACGUUGUUCUACGAAAAUGUGAGUGUGACAACAAGGUGAAUGUUUACCAUUAUAUACAUGUAUGUUCGCAAUAUUUAAUGUUGAUUUAUACUAUUUUCACUCUCAACUUAUAUAUAA